AUGGCGAAGAGCUUUGUGGAUUCUAAACUGAGAGCCGGCAAAGUCACCGUGUUCGAGAAGGUGUCGUGUCCGUUCUGUAUCCGGGCGAAGAGCAUCAUACAGAAGUACGGAAUUAAAGGAGACUGCCUGGAAUUCAUCAACAUCGCCGUUAUGGAGAACAUGAGCAGCAUCCAGGACUACCUGUUUGAGCUGAGCGGGCAGCGGACGGUACCUCGGAUAUUUAUUGAGAAGGAAUGCAUUGGUGGCUGUUCUGAUCUUGUACCUCUGGACAGCAAUGGGGAGUUAGAGAAAAGGCUGAAAAGUAUAGGAGCCCUGGAAUAG